UCGUUUCCUGAUCUUCCCGUCAGCCAUGGCGUCGUCGACUGAACUGAUAGAAGAGCUGAACUGCUCCAUCUGUCUGGAGGUGUUUAGGGAUCCCAUCACCCUGAGAUGUGGGCACAACUUCUGCCAGGAGUGCAUUAAUGGAGUGCUGGACUCUCAGGAGUCGUCUGGAGUCUUCACCUGUCCUCAAUGCAGAAAAAGAUUCCCCUCAAAACCUUCAGUAGUGAGGAACACCACCCUGCGUAACAUUGCUGAAGGCUUCCAUCGUACACAGCAAGAAGCAGGUAACUCCGGCGUCAUUUGCACCUACCGCACCUUACCCUAUCGAGCUGUUAAAACCUGUCUGCAAUGUGAGACCUCCAUGUGUGAGAGACAUCUGAGGAAUCAUGACAGGUCAGUGCAACAUACGUUACUAGACCCCAUCUACCUGGAGAACAGAAAGUGA